AUGAAUGCCCAGCCGCUGAUAGUCCCAUUACUCCUCCCGAACGGAAGUGCACAUGAGCAUGGCUCACACGCGUCCUCAACUGGACAUAUUCUCGAGCAUGCAUGCUCUGAAGCAACGGGGACGUGCUUAACGUCUUGGGACUUUGAUUCUACGGAUCCUGGGGCGUCCUCCAUACGUGGCGCGGCACUGGGUUGCCAAGAUGGCUCGAUCUUCUUGUUCAACUCUCGUCUUCGCACACCUGUCAUCGACGAACCUUCAUCCACGGUCAGCGUAGCAGGAGCAUCACGGACUUCCAGUCCAUCUCCGCGAACCAAGCGCUCGCACCGCUCGCAUUCGCGGCCUGGGACACCAUCUUCGGCUCUUUCGCCGCUGUCUUUAUCUGUGGCGCCACGUUCGCGCAUUGUAUCUGGCAUCUCAAGCGAACAGGCUCAGGCGCCGAAGAACUAUGUCGACUUUGACGAAGAAGAAGGAAAGCUGAAGAACAUGCUGAAGUCCAGCAGUACUUCCGGAGUUCGAGACGUCACUAUGGGAGACCGUCUCAUACCGUCUUUCACAGAGCGACGCCUAUCUGUUGAGAAGGGCGAGCGGCCGGUGUUACACCCGAAUCGUUCCAGCUCAGAAAGUGCUCAGGCAAACGUCCGUGCCACGGAAGCCACAUCCCUACUGUCAGCGGUCCAAUCGACUAUGACGACACCACAUAGUCAGAACAGCCCUCUGCCUCAGUCGCCUACCUCACCUACACCUCCUUCACCUUACCACAUGCACUUAUCUAGUCACGUUCUCCUACGAGAUGCCGGUCAAGGACAGUCGACUGUGGCGGCACUUCAUCAUCUUGGACAUGGUCAAUUACUCGCGAUGCAGGCGAACGGGUCCUUGUCCUUGAUCUCUGACGAAGAUGGCACAUGUUUCUCGCGCAUAGACCUCAAUGAAAGCAACCUCCGUCCGCCGGAGGGCAUGAAGGAGAUCGAUCACCCCCCUGUCUGCUGGCGCUGGGAACGCCUGAGGGUCUUUGAGGCGAACGACUGUACAUACGUCUUUGCAUGCGCAGCCUUCGAUUUCAUGACUAUACCACAGUUAUCUCUUGAGCGCAAUGACCAUGACGACUCGCGAUGCUCUAGGGUUGCACUCCUCUCCGUAGAUAACUCUACCAAGCACCAGAUCGAAGGCAUUGAACCUGUCAUCUUGCUAGGCGCGUGGUCCCUCGACGUAAAUGUGCAUUCCUUGGAUCUUGUGCACGAUAAAGAUGGGGCUGUCAGCUUCUAUUAUAUCGACUUUAAUGGUCAGAUCGUGAGACAUGCCCUCAGUGUCUUGCCUCUACCACUUCCUGUGGAAGGUGUCAACGAGUCGAAACCAACGUCGUCCAACUUGGACAUCUCGUCGCUCAAUCCUUUCAAGUCAACGUCUAGCGAGAACGUCAAUGUGACGGAGCCAGUACUCGCAGAGAGUAGGAUACAAUUGCAAGCUGCCGCCUUGCUUGGAUCGCUGGGGCAUCCGGACAUAGGUGGUAUGCGCUUACGGAGCGUCCAGACUGGACAAAUACAAGGUCUCUUCUGGUCAUCUGGCCAGUUGUUUGGCUUCGAGCACGAAGGUACAACCGUAUCUUUGUCUGACAAGGUUUGCGAUUGCCAGGACCUCGAGGAUGCCGUGUUCAUGGAGUCUAGCGGGCUUUGGGCAUGCAUGUAUCCGGAUCACGUAGAAUACUUCAAGGCCGCACACCUCGACGCCGACGGGGUCGAAGUACUUCACAAGCCUGGGAUCCUGUCGCUACAGUCGCUUGCGCGAGUCGAUGCACAUCACGCCCAGGUCAUGUCAAUCAAACCCGAUACCACCAUCAUCUCUUCACCGAUCAGCGACAAAGGGCGCCGCAAGUUGGAAGUCUAUCACUCACCGGCAGAUCAACGAGGCCAUCGGCAACCACGUCCAGAAACCAUAUGGAAGGCUAACUACGACGAGCAGAUAGGACAUGCGUCAGACAGACGUAUCACCUAUAUACUUCCUUACGACCUGGAGAGAUUCGUGCUUGGAUUCAGCGAUGGUACAGUCGGCAUCACUUCGUACCACAAGAUGUCCCGGUCUCCUUCACUUGUUUGCGAUACAACUUGCGACACCUCUCUUGAUGGCGAGAUCACUGGUCUCCAUGUCGUAGAUGGCGAAUCUUCUGCUGGGCGCAUUAUAGUCGGGGGUGCCGACGAUGGUUCAGUUGCAUUGUGGUCAUUUGACACCCUCAAGCUCCUGAACCGCUGGACAAUAUUCACAACUCCUUUGAAAGAUGUCGUGAAACUUCAACGGGAGAAGGGCGAUCCUUUCACUGCGUGUCUAUUGUGCAUCUCACAGGACGGGACGAUUGCGGUUUUAGAUUUGAUCGACCAUCAAUUUCUCUUCAUGAUACCCGGUGGCCUCACACCCUUGUCGCGCAUGUGUCUCAAGGGAGACAGCCUGCUGGUCAUCUACAGCAAUGGGCAUGCACGACUCUGGGAUGCGAGGACGCGAGAAUUCCGGCGCGCUUUGAUGGUGGACAAGGCUGAAGAGGUUCUCCUCGAAGGGGGAUGGAUUCAAAUACCGCUAGUAUCUGAACCUGCGCAGACGAUUGAUGGGCCCCAAUCCGCCGGAGCGGGUUCACGGGAUGCAGCCACUACCAUCUUGCUAGAUGUGGAAGCGAUGUGUCUACGAGCAACUCGUCCGACGGAUAGCUCAGCGAACCUGAACGAAGCGAGCGUUGGGGAGUUGCACGAUGUUCUUGCUGCAGUGCUCACUCCUGGACUUAACGCAGACGUGGAUCACAUUUGUCGCGACAAGCUACACAUAGAAGCGACAAGCGUGACAGUAGGACAUUUCAGUCAACAUUCGACAUCGUUACUCUCAGCACAUGGAGCCAGAGAACCGUGGUGUGUGUCGGAGGAAGUGUCCGCUGUCCGCUCUUUGGUUAUCGUGGCGUUACUUCGUGCGCUGGGUCAUAUCGAGAAUGAUAUGUCGAAAGUAAUCACUUUCUACACUUUGCAUGUGGGUAGUGCAGUAGGAACUGGCUACAAACCUCCAAGCCUUGCAUACCUAGCACGAUGGUGGUUCAACCGGUCUGUCGACGUUCGCGGGGCAGCUCGGGCCCUGUUUGACGCCGCAAUCAACAACCUGUCUCUGGAGGAUACCGUCUCCCUGGUGGAUUCAUGGCAGCACCAUCUGCCGUCUCUUCAACCGGACGUCGAUAAGAAGUCGCCAACGGCCGCGCUAGCUUUACUCCUGUGUGGAUACAUAGCCGCACACAAGUAUGUUCUCCUCUCCUCAGGUGCUCUCAACGACGUCUCCAAGUCCAUCAUGUUGUACCUUCACGAUGACGAUGCCAGCUUGAAAGCUACCGCAGUAGACCUUUCAUCGCGCGGGUUCCACAUUUGGCAGCAGUAUAUCGACGCCCCCACUAUGCUUCGUUCAUUAGUAGCGCUAGCGACGAGCACGCGUAAGGAGAACAUCACGGCGAAUGUCGGCCCUCAGGCUCGCCAGGCUGUGCUGAACAUCGUCACUCACCAUACCGGUCUAUUCAUGACGACGAUCUCACUCGACAUCAUGAACCCUCGAGAUGUUGAGCAACGCCGCUCUGUCAUGCAACUCGUUGCUUUCCUCAUUCGCAAGCGGCCCCUCUUGAUUUUCCCGAGCAUUCCGCGUCUGGUAGAAGCGGUGGUCAAGUCACUCGACCCGAAUCAUAACUCCGAUCGCGAAGCCGUUCUGGACUCAGCCACUGAGAUCCUCGGGCAUAUUGUACAAACCUUUCCGACAGUGGACUUCCAUAUGGCUUCCCAAAAACUUGCAGUUGGCACGAGCGAGGGUGCCAUCGUGAUGUACGAUCUCAAGACCGGCACGCGUCUAUACGUGCUUGAGGGUCACAAAACUCGCCCUUCAUCCAUCAGUUUCUCCCCCGACGGACGACGGCUCGUCACCACAGCAGUGGACGAAGGAGUCGUGCUCGUAUGGAAGGUUGGCACAAGCCUCACCAGCUUCUUCUACCCGGGUGCUCCUCCGCGUCAAGGUCAUGCGGGAUCUGAACCCUUCAAGAAUAUCGCAUACACAGUGGGAGAUGAGGCGGCGGACAUGGGACCCGAGGAGUCUCUCACGGCUGUCCGCUUCGAAUGGACCGCUGAGCGAAGCGUGCGCCUAAAGAUUCGUAGGAUCACCCUCACAUUCAGUACAUAG